CACCAAUGACCAAUCCUUUGAAAAGCUAAGAAUGUACUCAGAGUGAAUGGCUAUGCUUGUUACACGCCACUCUAUGUCCUUGUUGCUCACACCACUCUAUCCCCAAACCACAACUCCUGAGUCCUUUCUCUUCUUUAACACACACACACACACACACACACACUCUCUCUUUCUGCUUGUGUAAUGGCAACCCUGCAGUCGCUUGCAUUCUCCUCUCCAGUCUCACAGUGUCUGCGGCAACCACGCCUCCAUUCAGGCUUGUUAUGUUGGGGUGUUCAUAGAAGUGCAGAAUCCACAUUCAAAGGGCAGUCUUUGCGCGUGUCUCGUCCCCAAUGGGCGCCAUUAAGACGGUGUACUCAAGUGUCUAGGUCUGUUACAAUGAUGGUCAAACCGAAAAUUCAGUUCAUCCAAGGAACCGAUGAACAGACAAUACCAGAUGUGAGGCUAACCAAAUCAAAAGACGGUACAAAUGGCGUGGCUAUUUUCAGGUUUGAGCAACCUUCUGUGUUUGACUCCUCUGGUGAGUUUGGUGACAUCACUGGAUUUUACAUGAUUGACGAAGAAGGGGUCCUUUCGUCAGUUGAUGUUAACGCCAAAUUUGUCAACGGAAAGCCUGCAGGGAUUGAAGCAAAGUAUAUAAUGCGGACUCCAAGAGAUUGGGACAGAUUCAUGAGAUUCAUGGAACGCUACUCAAAUGACAAUGGCUUGAGUUUCAUAAAAAAAUGAGGCGAUGUAUAUCCUUAUCUGCUGUCUUCCUCGAAUAUCUUAUUAGUCCACACAUGUAUUUUAAUGCAAGUACAGCAUCGUCCUUCCGAUUCAACCAAUUUUUCUGCUCUUAUUGAGAAUUAUGUCAGUAUUCUGUAUUUUGAGUUAUAGAGGUGAGAAAGCUUAUGUUUCAAAGCCUUCUUUUAACUACUCUCUUGCAAUUUGAAGAAAUGAUACGAUGAAGGUGACAAAUUAAACGAUUCA